AUGCGCUUCUUCAUCCUCUCCCUUCUGUUUGCACUGUUCUUCGCCUCGGCCCUCGCCGUGAAGCAGCAAAAGGCUGUUAUAAUCACAUACCCAGAAGAAACCCCCAAGAGUGAGGUGGACAAGGCGAUCAGUGUGCUCAAGGAGGCUGGAGGAGUGAUCACCCACGAGUACAAAUUGAUCAAAGGUUUCGCUGCGAAGGCUUCAGAUGCCGCCCUUGAGGCUGUCAGGACGUUGGGCGAUAAGCACAUCCCCUUGAUCGAGGAGGACUCUAUGGUCUCUAUCGACGGCACCGUUCUGGAGAACGGAAAGACCGAAUAA